AUGAUGGGACUGGCUCGCUUACGAGUUGCGGAAAUUCCAUUCUCGUCGGAUACUAUCAAAGGUCAAGCUUGCUUCUUGAAGCAUCAUCAUACAUUGGGUACCAAAUCAAAUCUACGAAGCCUCAUCAUCCGAUUCGUUGGUGGCGCUUUUAUCACAGGACAUACACUGCAGCGCGUGGCUGGAUUAAAACAUUUGGAACAAUUAUCCGUUGUGGAAGAGAAUGAUGAUGGCGGUGUAUUUCAUCAAACACAAAGGCUCAUGUUUGAGAGUCUCAUCUGUGGAUGCACGUCAUUGACACACCUAACCUUGGAUGCUUUUACGUCGAUUGAUCAAGCAGUCAUUGAAGCAGUGGCCAAAUCAAAAAGCCUCAAGCACCUGACGCUCAUGGUGGAUGACGUUUCUCAUACAACAAUUUGCCCUUUAAUUUCAUGUCCUCAGCUCACCACGCUUCAUUUAUCAACUGACACGUCAACGAUACCAGCAUCUGAUCCAGCUACUCAAAGAGAAAAGAUGCUGCGGCUGGUUUUAUCCAAAAGGGCACCAAGAUGA